AUGUAUGAUACGAAUCCUCAAGGAAGUUUGUAAAUUGGAAACUUAAUACUAACAUAAUUAUAGUCGUGGUUAUAGAUCUGGUACUCGUUACCUUUUUCAACGUGACUUUAAGAAGCAUGGUGCUAUUCCAUUAUCUACUUACUUGA